UUUUUUCUGACCCCUCUUCAUCUUGCCUGUUGGUAUGGACAGGAGUCUGUUGUUAAACUUUUGUUGGAAAAUGGUGCGAACUUCAACGCUGAAGACAGGGUGAGUUGGUAAAUGAUUUAUAAAUCAAACAGUAUAUUGCCGUGUUUCAAUGGUCGUGGUAGUUUUGCCAGACUGCUUUUGGUGCAGUUUGCAAGUAUUGAACAGAAGCAAUGAGCUAUGAAUACCCCCAAAUGUGAUUGUGAAUUAGAGAUAAACCACCACACCAAGGACUACUUCCCUUACUCUGGGUUUUUUAAAGUCCUAGAAAAUUUAGUAUAUGUGAGACGAAGCUUCGGUUUGUCGUCCUUAUCCGAGAAAACUAGCCGUUUUCUAAAAAAACAAAUGAUGCUAAGGGCUGAAACCCGAUUUACAGCUAAAACUAUUGUAAUGUCAUUGUCACGUGAUAUUUAUUCCCAUCGCCCAAAAAUAAUAUCACAAUGAAGUUUAGUUUAUGUGUAAUACGUAUGUUAUAAUAGCCUGGGAUCAGGCCCCGAAGUGGGGGGAAAAGCGAAAAAAAUCGGCCAGUGAGGCGAGCGAGGGAGUCUGGGGAGGGAUGAGGAUGACGGAGCUCCACUGCCUUCCACUCCUCCCCAGUCCACCACUCCGCUCGGUUCGCCCGCCGAUUUUCUUGCUGUUUCUUCCCAUUUUCUGCCUUUUCCCCCCACUACGGAGCCUGGUCCCAGGCUAAUAUAAUAUAUUAUUAAAAACUGAAUCAUUGGAUAAUGCAAUUCUAGCAUUUUGAUUGGCUUAGCCGUUAUGGUAUAUGAGCCAUUAUACCAUGCUCUCCAUAUAUGGUCGGUGUACGCGUCAGUUUAAAAUUGGAAGCUAGCUGAGAUUUUUUUUCGCGAAGGAUAGAACGGCGCUCGAAGCAAAUCGUUUUAAUUCAUUUUUUAGAAUACUAGAAUGCAAUUUCAUUGCAUGAAAAAAGACAAAAACAAACAAAAAAGCCACAAGAGCUUGUUUGAAAGUUUGUCGAAAAACACAUGAAAACACAUGGAACUAAAGUACCUUGACCUGCAGCUAGGAAAGAAGACAAGUGUUGUUUCUUCAUGAUCGGGAAGCCAUUCUCCGAUCGAGUCACUCGCCGAUAGAUAACUGCGGCUUGUUUGUCCGACAUCAAGAAUAUAAAUCACAAGUAACCAGCUACAAAUACAGGCUAUGCAGCCAUUCACUAGAGCAAUCGAGGCGGCAGUAUAGCUUCUUUUGUCGUUCAGCAAAACCAGCUGUGGCUUCAAACAACUUCAUAACAAGCGACCGAGGUAAUAGUUUUCCUCCGUUGUUCUUACUUUUAUCCAAAUUCACAGUAAUUUCGACGGCUGUCACUUAAAAAUUCUUUUCCUUCACAUUAUCUGCCAGGUUUUUUUAGUUGUUCUGCUGUGUAAAAUCCUAGAAUCCCGAUGAGUUUUUAAAAAACUAAUGUUCAUCGCUACAAUGUUUUGAUUUUUCAUUCAUGCUGUCCAGGCGAGUCCGUUCGCGCGUUGACAGUUUUGAUAGACGUGUGACAUGUGAAUAGCGGAAGUCCCUUGUCUUUUCCGGUUUGUUCUAGUCAGGGAGAUUCAACUAGAUUUUGUGGGCGUUUUUAAUAAAACAAUUAUUCCACUAGCGCUUGUUGGAUAUGAGAUGAUUAUAGCCAACUCGGCGCAACGCGCCUCGUUGGCUAUCUAUCAUCUCAUAUCCAACGCGCUCUCGUGGAAUAAUUGUUAAAUAUAAUGGUUUUACAAUAAAGAUCAAUUUAAAAACAGGAGACUCAAAGAUGGAGAUAUUCCCGCAAAAAUACUGGUUCCAGGCACCUUAAUGCAGGUUUCCCUGUGGUGGUGGCUACCUUAUGUAGACAUAAAUGUAAAUGACCCAAUAAACGUUCGGGGCGUUCUUUUAAUUUUAGGGGCUCAAGCAGGGGCGUUUAAUAGAUAGGAAGCGUUUAUUCUCAUAACUGUAACAAGCUCUACAAAACUUAUAUGCUUUCGGCUAAAAUAUCAAAAGAGUUUCAAAAUAGCGGAAUAUCCACUCCAUCGUAAGUCUAUCCUUACUUCAAAUGUGACAUUGAACAAGAUGAAAUACGCAAAGCCUCGUUUAUCAAGCAAGAAACUGAAUGAUUUAAAUGAUUUUGCACCUUCUUGUCAAUUCCUAGUGUUUUGGAGUCAUUCUGAUAGGGGCAAUCUAUUAGACAGGGGCUUCUAAUACAAUUUUAACAUCGGAGAGUCUGACUCGUCCCCAGUCGUCUCUUGUCAUUUGUAGGCGGUCAUGGAACUGUCUCGGAAGACUAUUACGGCACUGCUGCCCCCGCACGCAUCUUCCACGGGUAUCCGUCGUUGAUAUUUAAAAUUAGGAGACAAAAGAGACCACUGGGGACAAGUCAGGCGUAGAAGGUGCGUUUAUUAGAUUAGAGGCGCUUACUUGGAAGUGGGCGUUUAUUACGUCAUUUAGAAUAUUCUCCUUGGUAAAUAGCAAGUGGUAAGUAAUACGUAUUACCCUACUUGUGAUGUUUUUAGUUUCAACGUACACCUCUGCAAAAAGCUGAACGUCAAAACCACCACUCCAUAGUGCAGUUGCUGCGGAAGAAUGAUGCCAGGCCAAGUCUUCAUCAACCAGUAAGAUAUCAGACAUUUUUUGUAUUCUUUGCUACUAAUGUGGAGCAUUACUGUAGGACCUGUUCAUUGUCGUACGAGCUUUAAUGGUAGCUUAUAUCGCGAAGACCUUAUAUUUGUUCUUCGCUACACGAACAUUAUUUUUAUUCCCUCGGCUACCCCAUCCGGAGAUCACAUUAUAGUGAAUUUACUGUGAGCUUACUUGUAAACCAAACCCAUUAAUAGAGGACACCAGCAAAGGUCGCGUGUGUGUCCGGUUAAUACCGGUUUCAUCGUAUAUUUUAUUUCUUAGUUUUUUAUGUCUAUGGUUCUGGCGUUUCGUCUUACACACAUGCGCUCUUUAUAAAAUGGUUAUGAACACACUGAAGCUUAUCUAAUAAUUAUCUAAUCCAGACCUGGUAAGAAAAUAGGGGAACCUUGUAAAAAUGGAGAAAAGCAAUCCUUACCUCCCCUACCCACUAAACAAUGUUGUCCCGCUGAUCAAAUGCAAGUUACCUCAGGAAACAAUAAAUACGUCAACGUUGGUUGGGAGGGUGGAGGAAGAUCCGGCAUUCGAGAUAAGGAGAAGUUAGUGAGCCGCAAAACCACAAACUAAUAACGGUUGCUACUUGUAAAACUUUUCCCACACUUCGUGGGCUUCUUCCCUCUACACAUAACACUGCAGAAGUAAUUUUGGCGUUGACAGUUUUCUAAGAAUAGUAAUUAUAAUAAUAAUAAUUAAAAUUUGUAACGCCCCGGUUCCAUACCAAUUUUUCUGAAUUUGAUUAUUAUUAACUUUAGGCGAAAAAAUCACUUUUCUGCUUUUAAAUGGCUUCCCCUUUUGCCUCUGAUGACGCCAUAUAUUGUAGCGAUGGUAACCAAACACCAUCACAUUUUGUGUAAACUGUGUAUAUUUGCUGUGGAAACCCGGCAAUGUAUUAUCUGCAAUAAGAAUAGUUAAAAAGUAAUGCCAAAUGAAUUCCCUCUUGAUUAUUUUCCCUCAUAAACAUAAACGUGAUCAUUUCCAUUAUAGGUCAGUCUAAAGAAUCUCUCAAGAAAAGCUUUCUUGCAAGUGGAUGAACAAUCUGGAUUUAAUCUACUCCAGGCAGCUGUCUUUGAGGAAAAAUACAACAUUGUUUUAAAAGCAAGUGGCCUUUUCGACAACUUUGUUGAAGAGAUGGAACUUACAAAAACGGGAAAAAACGCCAAAGAAUUUAUAGGAAGAACGGCAGUUGAUUUCUUGUCACUCAGAAAGAGAACAAAUCCGUUUCAUGUUGAUAUCAAAAGAAUCUAUGAAAAGUUGGCUGAGGACAACAGCAGACUGACUGAGCUGCUCUGGGGUACAUGCAGUGAUGAUGCGGAACAGGCAGUUGAACUUGUAUUAAAUGACGGUGUAGAUAUUAAUGCCCCAGGAUCAGACAAUAGUUGCACAGCUUUGCUGCAGGCGAGUCGUUCAUCCUCGAGUCAGUUUAUUAAGACUCUCAUUGAUCUUGGGGCCGACGUAAAUGCCCAAAGGAAAGAAGGCAACGAAACACCACUAAUGUUAGCAGCUGACUGGAACAACUACAUGGCAGCAAGCUUAAUUGUAACGCAUGGAGCUGAUGUAAAUGUCCAUAUUAGUAAUGGGUGCACGCCACUGCACGUUUCAGUCAGUAAAGGUCACGAAAACCUCGUGAGAUUGUUCCUUAAACACAACGCAAAUAUAAAUAUUAAAAAUACUAAUGGAUAUACACCCCUUCUCCAGUCAUUCUUAAAAGGUAACGAAAGUCUUUGUAGACUAUUAAUUGAACAGAAGGCGGAUGUAAAUAUUCAAGAUAAUAAUGGAUAUACACCCUUGCACUGGUGUGCAUCAAUAGGAAACGAAAACCUCUGUAGAUUGUUACUUGAACACAACGCAAGUGUAAAUAUUCAAGAUAAUCUUGGAUAUACACCCUUGCACUGGUGUGCCUUAACAGGGAACGAAAGCCUCUGUGGAUUGUUAGUUGAACACAACGCGGAUGUAAAUAUUCAAGAUAAAGGUGGAUAUACACCCUUGCACUGGUGUGCCAGAGAAGGUAACGAAAAUUUCUUCUGUGGAUUGUUACUUGAACACAACGCGGAUGUAAAUGUUCAAGAUAAUCAUGGAUAUACACCCUUGCACUGGUGUGCCUUUGAGGGUAACGGAAACCUCUGUAGAUUGUUACUUGAACACAACUCGGAUGUAAAUACUCAAGAUGAUGAUGGAUAUACCCCCUUGCAUUGGUGUGUCUUUGAGGGUAACGAAAACCUCUGUAGAUUGUUACUUGAACACAACUCGGAUGUAAAUGCUCAAGAUGAUGAUGGAUAUACACCCUUGCACUGGUGUGCCUCAAUAGGGAACGAAAACCUCUGUAGAGUGCUACUUGAACACAACGCGGCUGUAAAUACUCAUGAUGAACAUGGAUAUACACCCUUGCACUGGAGUAUUAGAAAGGGUGACGAAAACCUCUGUAGAUUGUUACUUGAACACAACGCGGAUGUAAAUACUCAAGAUGAAGAUGCGAAAACACCCUUGCACUGGUGUGCCUUAACGGGGAACGAAAACCUCUGUAGAUUGUUACUUGAACACAACGCGGAUGUAAAUACUCAAGAUGAAGAUGGAUAUGCGCCCUUGCACUGGAGUACUAAAAAGGGUAACGAGAUCCUCUGUAGAUUGUUACUUGAACACAACGCGGAUGUAAAUACUCAAGAUGAAGAUGGAUAUGCGCCCUUGCACUGGAGUACUAAAAAGGGUAACGAAAACGUCUGUAGAUUGUUAAUUGAACACAACGCGGAUGUAAAUAUUCAAGAUAAUCGUGGAUAUACACCCAUGCACUGGUGUGUUAGAGAGGGUAACGAAAACCUCUGUAGAUUUUUAGUUGGACACAACGCGGACGUAGAUAUUCAAGAUAAUUAUGGAUAUACACCCUUACACUGGUGUGCCUUAAUGGAGAACGAAAACCUCUCUAGAUUAUUAGUUGAACACAACGCGGAUGUAAAUAUUCAAGAUACAUGGGGAUAUACACCCUUGCACUGGAGUCUUAGAAAGGGUAACGAAGAACUCUGUAGAUUGUUACUUAAACAUGGCGCGGAUGUAAAUGUUUAA